ACCUUGAGAAUCCGUCUCCUCUGCAGAAUAACGGAGCAUCACUAAUUAUAGUGGCUUAAAAUAACAAAUAAAAACUGCAAUUCAGUUUAAUGUUGAAUCAGAGCAGAAUGCAGACCUUUUCGAACAGUAAGGUAUGAGAUCUCCAGCUGAUGCUGUUCUGUUUGGUUGAUCCUCUUCAGUAUUCACAAUGUCUCUAGCUCAGAGGGUCCUGUUGACUUGGGUCUUCACCCUGAUUUUCCUCAUAAUGCUGGUCCUCAAACUGGAUGGGAAGGUGCAGUGGAAUUGGUUCCUCAUCUUCCUCCCUGUGUGGGUUUUUGAUGGCAUCCUCAUCCUCAUGUUGGCGAUAAAGAUGGCGGGUCGCUGCAAACCCGGGUAUGACGGUCGAAACGGCUCUCCAGAUUUGCGUCUGCGUGCCUGGUACCUUAGUGCCAUGCUGCUCAAACUGGGCUUCUGCCUCACCCUCUGUGCCAAACUGGAGAGACUGGCUGAUGUGAAGUUAACAUUCGUGUGUAUCCCUCUGUGGAUGAUGUUAGUGGGAGCACUGGUCGAACUUGGGCUCAACAUAUUUCCUGAGAGAAGAGAGGCGUAGGAAAUACAUUCAUGGGGGUCCAAAUAUCUGAAAUAUUUGUGAGAAUAAAAACGUUGGUACAAUUUAAAGGUGCACUAUGUAAGUUUUCUGGUGCAGGGUCCCUCACCAGAUUGUCUUCAUGUAGAUGUUGUUCCCUGUGUUCCACAACAUGACAUUAAAAUUAUCCAUCUUGGCAGGUGUUUUUUUUACUAAAAAAAAUUCCACAGAUCUACACUGCAACCUGGCCUGGUGGCAUGGCCUGCGUGUUACCAUGGAGAUAGAUCAGGUUAAUGACAUAUUGUGGAUCAGGGCAGGCAAAGGAAUAACAUCUCCACCUUUAGAGUUUAAAAAAGGACAGCAGCUCAAAAGCAAAAAUAGGUGAAUAACUUUUUUGAGGAGUUUUUGCACUUAUUACUUCUGGUAUCUCUGUAAUCCCUCAGUCGUCCAGGUCUGAUCCAAGAUAAACAGAUAAGGCUGUGUCCAGCAGUAAUCUAACCAGAACUGACCAGAACUCCUAUGUUUUCUACAGCUGAUAGUUUUUAUAUUUUUCUUUUGCUAUUACUUCUGGUAGUAACAGCACUCAGGAUGCCUCCUGGACGCCUCCCUAGGGAGGUGUUCUUGGGCAUGUCCCACCGGGAGGAGGCCCCGGGGAAGACCCAGGACAUGCUGGAGGGACUAUGUCACUUGGCUGGUCUGGGAACACCUUGGGGUCCAACCGGAGGAGCUGGAGGAUGUGUCCAAGGUGAGGGAAGUCUGGGAGUCCCUGUUUAGACUGCUGCCCCCGCAACCGGAUAAGUGGAAGAAAAUGGAUGGAUGGAGUAACAGCACUCUUUUACAAAUACAGUUUAGGGUUCUUAACCCAUAAAAAGAGGGGAUUUCUCCUGUCUGUCUACCCCAGAGUAGUGGUGGCUACAUUAGUAACUUAUCACCAGAGAGUGCCGUGAAUGUACAAUGAAUUGUAAAGUGUUUUGGGUGUUAUGAAAGGUGGCCUAUAAAUGCAUUGUAUUAGAAACGGUACUCUUAAUUGAGUAUCGUUUUGCUGUACUUUUGUUACUUCCACUCAAAAGUAGGUGGGCCGUUCCUGUUUUGUAGGUAAAAUUCCUAUUUAAAAAAAAAAAAAAAAAUUAUAUUAGUUACUACUUUAUUUUAAACAUGUGCGAUUUAUUUUGCCUGCUAAGCAACUGGACAUCAUCAAUUACAAACAAAUCGUAAAUUUUUGAAUGGGACCAAACAGCCUGUCAAGAAUCUUACACUACUGACAAAUCUACACUGGAAAUUCAACUACAUGACAUUCUUCUGCUGCUUUUUUCCACAAAAUCACAAAGCAUGGAUCAAUGCUGUUUAACCAGUGCUGCUUAAAUGACUAUUGUUAUCUACUCUUUGUAAGUAUAGGGGCCAAAUUGAAUUGCAAUAGCACAC